AUCAGAGGCCGGCAGGAGGAGAGGAGAAAGCUCCGUCAUCCUCAAAUGCAGUCCCUCGCCACACCACUCACCAUCUCUCUUCUUCUCCCCGGGACCUCUCCGUCUCGUCUUUCUCCCUCUCUUCACUCCAUUGUUUUCCCCACACGAUUACGCUCUCUUUCCUAUUCUUCUCAGACGUCGAUCCUCCCCGAUGCCGGCGAUGAUUUCAUCGUCGGUGACUGUCUCGUCUACGAGGACGGCGUCUUCGAAGACCCUUACCUUGAGACGGAGGUCACUCAGGUUGCGAAGCAGAAGAGGAAUCCGCGGGGUGGGGCCAAGAGAUUAGAUGAAUCCGAGAUUGAGCCCGAGAACCUCGUGCCGGAGGAAUGGAGGGAUAUUCAGGCGGAGGUGAAUCUGACCAAGAAGGACAAGCGCAAGAUAGCGCAGGAGAUGGAGUUCGGGGUUCGGGUGGAGAAGAAGAGACAAGGGCUGAUUCCGCUGAGGAACGUCGACUUGAAUGACUUUCUGACUUACAAGGAAGCCAAGUUGGCUCAAUUGAGGCCUGUCACUCUUGAUAAACCGGGCAAUUUCUCCAACCAUGCUGCGUCAAGCGAUGGAGAGACCGCUGUAUCAUCUUCCAGCGAGCGAGUGGCUCCUAAGAACCCUAGAUGGGCAGUUUACGGCAAGGGAUUCGACCACGUUGCCAAGUUCUUCAAUAGCGACAAGUACGAUCCCAGCGUCAAGAAAUCCGACGGCCCUCGAAAGCUUCUUUCAAAAGAAGAAAAGUUUAUGCUCAAUAGCCGGAAUCCUGACCUAGCAGUUGCCACAUCAAAAAAAUGGCUUCCUCUUCACACGCUGGCAGCAUCUGGAGAGUUUUAUCUGGUUGAUUCCUUGCUAAAGUACAAUCUUGAUAUCAACGCAACCGACGUGGGCGGCUUGACAGCACUUCACCGAGCAAUCAUUGGUAAAAAGCAGGCUAUUACCAACUACCUGCUGAGGGAAUCGGCAAAUCCAUUUGUUCUUGAUGACGAAGGUGCGACCUUGAUGCACUAUGCUGUGCAAACAGCUUCAGCUCCCACAAUAAAACUUCUCCUACUGUAUAACGCUGAUAUAAACGCUCAGGACAGGGACGGGUGGACUCCCCUGCACGUUGCAGUACAGGCCAGAAGAAGCGAUGUUGUAAAGCUUCUUUUGAUAAAAAGGGCGGACAUAGAAGUGAAGAACAAGGAUGGGUUAACUCCGCUUGGGCUUUGCCUCUACCUUGGAAGAGAGACAAGGACAUAUGAGCUUGAAGCACCACUCACUUGUGAGAAAACCGGAAAAACGAAGAUGGAGGCAAAGGUUAAGUGGAGUGGGUCCAGUCUCGCACUUGCUUAAAUUUGGUUUGUUGUUAAUCUUAUCCAUCGGUUUUGGAUAUUUGUCACAACUUUAUCCAUUCUUAAAGAAAAUAUCUGAAAAUAAAAUAAACUGGUUUGA